GUGCUCAUGGCGAAAAAGAAACAAUCUGCCAUAAAAUUAGAAAUCGCCUUUCUUCUGGUUAUUUAUUCUGGUGGUUAAUUGGAUAUGACUUUUUUCGUAAGACAAGAAUGAGCAUGAUACUGUAGCUUUCAUCGACAACAUUGGGAUAUGCUUGCAUCUCCAUGAACACCUUUGAAUGAGGUCGAUUACUUGACGGUACUUGGUGAAGUUGUAAUUUUGACAGUUAAUUUUCCCGCCAAUAAUUGUUUAACCAGACAUUGCUUCAAUAUUCCUGUUGAUGACGGAAUCAUGCAGCGUUAAAUGGAUGGGUAAAGAUUCCUAUAAUACAGAUAUCUUGGCAAACAAAAACGACGAUCGUUAAAUACUGGAGUUAUCUCUCGGCUGUGUGUAGAGUAAGCCUGGUGGUUGUUGAGCUACUAUCUGACGAUACAUGCAUAGUGGUUCUUCCGUGAUAUUAACCAGUAAUUCAAUUUAUAUCCAGGAUGAGAUUUUAGGAUUCUCCGCUACAUUCAUCAUAGAAUUUUUUUCUCUGUGAACUAUUCGUACAAAUUUUACAAACUUAUUCAACAUUUUCCUUUGUGAAAAGGGAAUUUGAAAUUUUGGUUGAUGUGUUUUCUUCACGGGAACGAAAACAUGUGAUUUUAAUGUGACCAAUGCCGAAACAUGGAUGGGAUUCCGUUUUUUAAUGGUGUUUUGGUAUUUGUUUUGCUGGUCUCGGCCUUAUUAACGAAGGCUCAGUUUCAUGGUUUUCAAAGCUCUUCAGCCCGUCACCCGUCUUUCAACCCAACCAAGCGUAACGUUACGUACCACGUGGGUGAAACGGCGCUGUUACAGUGCUCGGUGGAAAAUCUUGGAACAAAAGAGGUAAUUUGGAAAAAUAGAAACCAGAAGCAUGUGAUUACAGUGGGUACCUUCGUGUAUAUUGGGAGUGGAGCAUACAGCGUCAGCCAUCCCGCCAACAGUCCCCAUUACGACCUCGUUAUCAAAAACGUACAGCGACACCACGCCGGAGUUUUCGAAUGUCAAGUUAGCACGCGGGAAGAUAUGAGCAUUGAAGUUACAUUGAAUGUAAUCGAUCCACCUGUAAAGCCAACUUAUUCAUCUUCACCAAGAGCAUCCAAACCAGCCAUGACUCUGACCGGAACCGAGUUUGUAGACCAAGGCGACCCCGUUAAACUUUCCUGCAACGCCACAGGGGUAAAACACGCACCGGAAGACGUCGACUGGUUUUUUGACGGACUCAAAAUUCAAAGCAGUGUUGAAGAGGAAAUACUUAUCACAAAAUUCCACAGUCCGGAAACGAGGACGCUCAUCAGUACGUUAGAAAUUGAACGCAGCAAAAUGAAACAUUCGGGAAUCUAUAUAUGUAGAAGUACUGACGGAAUAAUUAAAAGCCACACCGUACAAGUAAUUAAUGCAACGAGUAAUAAUAGAAUAAGAGCAGUGAUAGCAACUGGAGGCAAAAGAGAUGAUAGGAACGACCGACAUGUUGCAGAACAGACUGACAAUAAGUGUUCAUCAUUAACAAUGUAUUUACCUACUUUUGUGUUAAUUUCAACAUUAUACUCCAUAUAUAUCUAUCUACCUAGGUGAAUCGGCACAGAUUUGCCCGCGAAGAAAAUGUUUCCUACCCAGGUCUUUCAUGAAUGUAAAGACCCAAUUUUGAAUCUAGUUCGAGACUGACAAUAGUGAAAACGAGGCAGACUUUUCUGUGGUCGUCUUAAUUUUGGCGGUUUUAUCGUACUCAAGUUCGACUGAGAGACAAUGAUUGGAGUUUGUAGUUAAUGUGACUCUCUCGGACGAUGGACAAGAGCAGCACCAGAUCGAGUGAAGGCAGUGGUAGAUUGUGAUAUUAAAAUUCAACAUGGAUUGUAUUUCAUUUCAGUAAAUCUCGCGUGCAAUAUUUCAUCCUUGAUUUUCCGUCAUUCAUUUUACCACUUUUAUUGAAAUUAUUAAUUACCGUUGUUACAAUGUGCAUUUUUAUAAGAGACAAAAAAGUCAUUCCAUCUGUGCAUAUGCCAGUCUUUAGUUGUUGUAUUAUUAAACAUUAUCUCAACACGCUGUUAAGAAUGAUAGCAAUCAGAUUGGUUGUCAUCCUUGAACUUCAUAACUGUACAGUAUUUAUGCUUUUAAUUCAUCGUCUAUAAGGGAAUUCCUGUAUAGAGGAAAUUUUGUACUGGAGGGGGGAGGGGUAAAAAAAACUUGGCCACUUAACCAUUUAUUUCCCAAUAGAGUCGAGAUAUAUUUUAUUUUAAUGAAGGACGGUUUAACAAUAUUUUUUUCAUAUAAUUUUGAUAGUUAAGUAAUACGAAUGAUUUUCUUGUUCAUGACUGAAGUCUAUCGUCUUUUGUUAAUUACAUAAAGUGGCAUCUCAUUUACUUUUAUGACAUUUUUUUCUGUUUGCUGAAAAUGCUGCAUCAAAAUGUGUCACAGAAUAUCUUUUUGCUUAUCUGAGCCAAAGGCUCGAAUGAACUUAUCUGAUCAAAAUUUGUCCGUCGCGCUGUUGUACAGUUCUUAUAAUUUUAUCUUCCUGUCCAGAAUCACAUGGCCAGUUUCAGCCAAAAUUGACACGGAGUAUCAUGGAUAAAGGGCAGGUUUUUAAAUCUCUUGCA